AUGGCGAAUCGCGGCCAGUGGGCCGGCCAGGCCGGAAAGAAAUGGCCCCAUAUCCUGGCGGCCGUCGCCUCCCUGCGCGCGCUCGCCUACCUCGACCUCGCCGGGAACUGGCUCCGCGGCCGCAUCCCGCCGGAGGCCGGCGGCAUGCGGCGCCUCGCCCACCUCGACCUCUCCACCAACAACCUCACCAGCUGCAUCCCGGCGUCCCUCGGGAACCUGACGGCGCUGGCUUUCCUCGCCCUCCAGCAGAACACGCUGACCGGGCCGAUCCCCGGCGAGCUCGGGAAGCUUGCCGGCCUCGAGACCUUGCUGCUCACCACGACGUCGGUAAGUGGGGAGAUUCCUGAGUGCAUCGGCAACCUGACCAGGCUCACCACCCUGCAGCUGUACACCAACCGGCAGUCAGGACCCAUACCACCUUCUCUCGGGAACCUGGUGAACCUGCUCGACCUCGAGCUCGCCGAAAACCACCUGAGCGGUGGGAUUCUGUAA